GCCACCAUGAGCAACGCCCCGACCUUCAAACUCCUUCUUGUGGGAGAUGGAGGGACAGGCAAGACUGCCUUCCUCAAGGCCAUCAACUCCCUUGCCUUUGAGACCAAGUACAUUGCCACACUUGGUGUCGAGGUGGAUGAGGUCAGGCUGGCGACUUCGUCCGGCCCGCUGGUGUUCAACGUGUGGGAUACGGCCGGACAGGAGAAAUUUGGUGGCCUCCGCGAUGGGUACUACAUCCAGGGCCAAGCGGCGGUGAUUUUUGCUGAUGCCUCGUCGAGGAGUUCGGUCAAACAUGCAAGGACUUCAUGGCUUCGGGAUGUGGUCCGAGUCUGUGAUGGCAUCCCCAAGGUCUUCGUCUUUAACAAGACAGACGUGCCCGGUGGUGAGGCCAGGCACGUGGACAAGUUUGAUGCUGUCUUUGGGCUCUCGGUCAAGGCCGCGGUGGCGAACAACGACUACGCGUCGCUCAAGGCUCCUUUCCUCUUCCUCGCCCGAAAGCUCACUGGCAUUCGCGAUCUCAACCUCGUCGGCGAGUCGUGGUCCAAGUCGGAGGUCCUUGUCGGGACCAUUCUUCCCAGCGAUGGCGCAACUAAGGACGAACAUCCCAGCUCUGCCGAUGCUUUCAGGGUCUCCAGCCCGCAGUCGAGUCCGCAAGCCCUUCCUCAGGGUGAGGUGUAUGGUGAUGGCGGCCCAGAUGGGAUCGACGACAUUGUGUCGCCCGCGUCGGGCAACGGCGACAAUUUCACUCUCGUUACGGGCUCCAAGACAAAGUCUGCAUCGUCAGGCGGCUUCAAGUUUGGAUCUCCCAACGCCGCUGCGCCUAAACCGUCUGGCGGCUUCAAGUUUGGAUCGCCCGACGCCGCUGCGCCUGCAUCGUCAGGCGGCUUCAAGUUUGGAUCGCCCAACGCCGCCGCACCUGAACCGUCAGGCGGCUUCAAGUUUGGAUCGCCCAACGCCACUGCGCCUAAGCCGUCUGGCGGCUUCAAGUUUGGAUCGCCCGACGCCGCUGCGCCUGCAUCGUCAGGCGGCUUCAAGUUUGGAUCGCCCAACGCCGCCGCACCUGAACCGUCAGGCGGCUUCAAGUUUGGAUCGCCCAACGCCACUGCGCCUAAGCCGUCAGGCGGCUUCAAGUUCGGAUCGCCCGACGCCGCUGCGCCUAAGCCGUCAGGCGGCUUCAAGUUUGGAUCGCCCAACGCCGCUGCGCCUAAGCCGUCAGGCGGCUUCAAGUUCGGAUCGCCCAACGCCACUGCGCCUAAACCGUAUAGCAACUUCAAGUUUGGAUCGCCCAACAACUUGUCGCCUGGACAACCCAGACACACACCAUCGGGACCUUGGAAGUGCCCUGCUUGCGAGGCCAACAACCCUGCCGACAACAACCACUGCAAACUCUGCACCACUCCGCGGGCUGGCAAUGGCAAGACCGCCGCGGUCUCGCUUGCCUCCAUCGGCUACCCCGACCCUACUGAUGACUCCGACGCCGAGCUGAUUCUGGCCGAACAGCGCCAGCUGCUGCAGGAAGCCCCGCCGCCGCCCGCUGUCUCAGAUUUCGAAGCCUACAAGGCCGGUCUGAUGGCCCGCCUCGACGCCGAGGCUGCCCGCCGCGGAUACACACCCGACGAGAGCGACCGCAAGGCCGUGCUCAAGCGGCUGCCGGCCAACCUGGGCCAGACAGCGUGGCGGACACAGAUCAAGAAGGUACUUCGGCAAGUGCACUCUUGCACCAGCAUCGGCACAAGUGCUGCCCAGCUUGUCCAGGACAUCGUGGUGUCGUCGCUCGUCGACGUUGUCACCGCCACCCGUCAGCUGAUGGCGAAGCGCGACGAACUCAUCGCCAACUCGCUCGAGACCGACGAACGCUCCGCUGAACUCCCCGACGUCGUUGCUGCUAUCCGCCUCGCUGUGCCGGGCGAGCUGGCCAUGCACGGUACAUCCGAAGCAACCAGGGCCGUCAUCAAGUUGAAGGCUGCCCAACCGCCAGCCACGCUACGAACCGCAUCCACCGCCAGUGGUCUAGUCUUUUCGACCCUCAUUACCCGCUCCGGCAUUGCCAAGCGGUUCGGGAGCUCGGUCCUCUCUCUCCCUGAUGGAAGCCCUGCGUUUUCUGUCGAGGCCCUCGUCGCCCUUACCGCAUUCACCGAGUACAUCACCGCCGAGAUCCUCGAGCUGAGUGGUAACGCCGCCCGCGACAACCGCCGUGCCCGUAUCAACGAGCGCCACGUUCUUCUCUCCAUUUCCUGCGAUGAGGAGCUGAGCAAUCACUUCCGCAGCGGCAUCAUCGCCCGCGGCGGCGUUUUGCCGCACAUUCAUGUCCGCCUCUUGCCUGUCCACGGCGGCGCGAACAACCGCGACAUGGAAGAGAAUCGGCUCGUCGAUGCUGCCCUCGCUACCGCCGGCUCGAGCGGUUCCACCUAUCGCCCAGGUACCCUGGCUCUCCGCGAGAUCCGCAGCGCGCAAAAACAUGUUCCAGGCCGUGGUCCGGGCGUUCUCCGCGAUGUCGCUGGCGCUGACAUGGGCAUCUCCGAUGAAGCUUACGCAGCCCUGCAGCACGCAGCCGAGGCCCAUGUCGUCGAGCUCUUUCACCUCGCCAACGUUGUCGCCAUUCACCGCGACUCGACUCUUGUCGAGCCCAAGGACUUGCAACUCACGAAGCGCAUCCAGACAGCGAGCCGUCGCCACUUUUACGCCUAG